UAAGCACGAUAAAAAUUUACUUAAAGGGGUAGUUAAGCCUGCGAUAGACGAAUCAUCUUUCAAUCAAUUAUGUGAGGAGUAUAAUGCGCUAUUAGGCGAUUUGAAAGGGAACAAAUUGCUCGGAAAAUUCUGUGAGGAAUAUGAAAAAAUUAUGGCAGCUCUACAAAAGUCUUACGACAAUGAGCAAAAGUUGAUGAGGAAGUGUCGGGAGCUGAGAGCAGACAUUUUAUCAAAUUCUGUGCGUUUGGAUCACGUGAAAAAGAUAUCAAGUGAAAGUCCUGCCAAUAUCCUUGCGCUUAAAAAGGAGUUAGAAAACGCUUGGACACUUGUUGAGGUCGCCACUGGUAAGGAAAAUAAGGCUCGAGAACGGAUCAAACGUCUGAAAGACGAAAUAGCAACCCUUAGUAACGUCAUUGAAAAAGGCGGCUCUGGAGAAGUUGGCGCUGAUGGAAUAGCUGAACUUUCAAAAAAUUUGGAAAAAUUAACCAAGGAAAAAUCUGAGCAAGCCGCUGAAAAUGCAAAAUUACGCGAGGAAAUCGAUUCAACAAAGGAGCAAAUCAACGGUCUGCAGGAAGAGAUCUUCAGUGCUCAACAAAAAAUCGCAGAGCUGGGUCGGGACAUUCAAGAGAAAGCCAGUGAAGCUCAGAGGGAGCUACGAAAGAAAGAGAAGAUGGAGCGAGAAAUGAAUGAUGUGCGCGAAGGGGUUGAGUUGAAGCACGCACAAAUUCGAUCCAUCACCGAGGUUAUCGAAAAACUGCAGGAGGAGCUCAAGGUCAGGCAGGAAGAAAACCGAACUCUGCGUAUCUCCUUUGAACAAGUGAAUCGAAAACUCCAACUGGCUGAAGCAAAACUCGCCGAUGCGCAGUCAAAAUUAGAGGCACAGGUGGCUCUCACCGAGGGCAUUCGAGCAGAAAAUGCAGGUCGAGUUGUAGAAGUUAAGCAAAAGGAGGAGGAAGUUGAAGCUGUUAGAGCGGAGAACGCCAAAUUGAUUCGACAGAAUGAGGCAACUAGUCGACGAAUUCGCAGCAUAGAGGAGAAGAAGUUGGAAUUGGAGCGGACACGAGAUCGGCUGCGUGAGAAUAUUGCUGCAAUUGACCGCGAUCUGCAGGCUACACGAAAAGCCAUGGAUAAUGAUCGAAAGACUUGUGAAGAACUGACUAGAGAAAAGGAUGCUUUGUCUAAGUCGUUGGUUAAAGUUCGCGGACAAGCUGCAAAACAGACGAAUCUUUUGCGGUUACACGAACAGUCAAAACAAAAUCUUGAGCGCGAAAUCUCCACUUACAAUCAGGAAGCGAUAACUCAGCGUAAAAUUAUCAAUGUGUUGGAGAAUGAACGGGAUCACUACCUUCGAGAGGCUUCAGACUAUACACAGAAGGUGCUCGAUCUGAUGGAAGAGGUGAAGUUUCGUGAGAUGCAAAUUUUUGACUUUAGGAAGAAAAUUGCUGAAGCACGAACCAAGCUAAAACAACAGGAAAAUCUUUACGAGGCGGUAAAGAGUGAUAGAAAUCUCUACUCAAAAAAUCUCAUUGAAGCUCAGGACGAGAUAAGUGAAAUGAAACGCAAACUCCAUCUCAUGACGCAUCGCAUAUCGCAGUUGAAAGAGGAAAUCGCAAACAAGGAUGCAAUGAUGGUACAAGAGACGGCGGAGUGCUUGAGGAUGACUCAAGAACGAGAUAAUAUGCAAAAGGAGUUGCAAAGAAUGAAGAAUUUGGCGAUCGAGAACCGAUCCACAAUGGAGAGUCAGGAGGCAGAAGAACGAAAACUCCUCAAAGUAAUUGCAGAAGCAGAGUUUGAACGAACAAAACAUCGCAAGGAGUUGGAUCAAGUGAUCAGUGAGAAAGAUAUUUUAGGAGUUCAACUAGUUCGACGCAAUGAUGAUUUAGCAAAUCUCUACGAGAAAAUUCGUAUUCAAAAGUCCGUGUUGGACAAGGGGGAAGCACAGUUCAACAAAGUGUUGGAGGAUCUGCGAAUAGUCCGUGAAGAAAUCUGCGCCACCCGUAGGGAAAAGGCCAUGCUACAGGCGAGUGCAACAAAGAUGGACGAGCUGAAACGCGAGGUGAUUAGAGCCAGGAAGGAGUUGAGUCGAGAGCAAGUUCGAUGCAAGGCUUUGGAAGAUGAGCUCAAAAAACCCAUCAACGUGCAUCGAUGGCGAAAGUUGGAGGGCAGCGAUCCCUCCUCCUUUGAGAUGAUCAAAAAGAUUCACUCAUUACAAAAGCGUCUGAUAGGAAAGACAGAGGAGGUACUGGAGAAGGAGAUUCAAAUUCAAAAGAAAGAAUGCCUCUACGUGGAAUUGAAACAGGUUCUCGCUCGUCAACCCGGUCCAGAGAUAGCUGAACAACUUGUCAUUUACGAGAAAAGUUUACGGGAGAAAAUGGCAGCUAUGAAGGUAAUAACAGCACAAAUGGAGAAGCACGAUGCCAGCAUAAAGGACUAUACUCUUCAAAUUGAGAAGCUUGACAAUGAAUUGUUGGAUGCUAAGAAGGCGUACUUUGAGAAGCGGCGUUUUAAGGAGGCAAGCAAAGCAUGGACUAAAGUUGAGGCUCCAGAGGUGAUUGUUGAGAAGGCAUCAGAGGUGAGCACUCAGUCCGAGUCAGAGGAGGAGGAACAGGAGGAAAAAUUGCAUGAUAGACAUCAUGAUGGAGAAGAAGAUGAUCUGCAAGAGGAUGAUUCAGACGAUCAGAGGCCGGAUCAAGGUAGCCUAGACGAGGAGGAGAAUGAAAAUCUGGACGAAGAGCAGACUGAUUUGGAUGAAGAGGACUUUAAUGAGGAACAUUCAUAG